AUGCACCGCUGCAAUUUUUGCCUGAAAGGCAAUUUCCAAACUGCGAGAGCUGUUAGCAUUCAUAUCACCAGAACUAGAGCCUGUAAGGAACACAUGGACCGGCUGCGCAACCACAAGCAAGCCUCAAAAGAGACCACACAAGCCACACGCAACAAUGACCAUGAGAUGGACAUUGGCAGAGACAUACCUUGGGAGUUUGAUGGCCAGGUGGAUGGCAUACAGGAAGAGAUAAGAUCCGCGACACUAGAUCAGCAUUGCGGUGUCCAAGUUGAAGAAGUAGAUGACGAGGAAAGUGUGUGGAUGCGUUUCGUGCAGUCAUACCCAGGGCGGGUAGCGCAAACGCUGGGCCACGCUGAAACAAUGUUCCAUGCCAUCAAAGCCCAACAAGAGGCUCGAGGCCUGGAUCCAUGGGCGCCGUUCGCAGAUGCAGAGGAAUGGGGACUUGUCAAAUGGUUGGUAUCGCGGGUGGGCCAAAAUGCCAUAGAUGAAUUCACACCCCUGGUUGUAGUGUUAGACCUAGUAAAAUGGGAACUACCAUUUUUACCAUAG